AAAGUAUUUUCACUAGGACCUAGCAAAUUUAAAAUGAAUUAUGAAAGCAAAACUCUAACUCAAGAUACCUAACUUACUAAGCUGUUAUUUCCUUAUAUUUAUUUAUGCCCCAUUUCUCCUUCAUCAUGACCUAAAAACGGGGUGCAGCAUUUUUUUUCUGUGACGGCACAAUCUGUCCUCCUCUGCAGAGCUUCUGUCUUGGCUUUCUCUGUUUAUCUUUGUUUCUGUAUGAUAACACAGCUUUGUCACAACUAGUCUGUGGUGUGGUCACUGGAUAGCACCAGGAAACUCAGACAUGAAAUUCAGUUGUUUGGAACGUCUGCCCUCAGCAAUCAUGGUACUGGAAUUCAAAACUUGUUUCUUUCUCCUGGUUAUUGCAUUGUGUUUUGGUGCUGUUUUGUCUAUUGAAGUAACUAUGCCAUCAGGGCCUUUUCUGGUGAAAACGGGGGAGACAACCAUCUUACCAUGUUUGUAUAAGACAACUGAACCAAUUUCUGAAACUUUUGUCCUUGAAUGGAAGUUUAAGUCUGAAGAAACUGUUACUCAAAGACAGACGAUUUUGUAUUACAGCAAAAGUAAUCUACAUGUACAAGGAAGCCAGAAAGAUCGAAUAAUGCUUCAACAAAACCCACCAACAAGUUCUGAUGGAUCUAUUCAAUUACAGAACAUCCAACCAACAGAUUCCGGAUUUUAUUUUUGUUCUGUGACGAACCCUCCUGACUUUUCUGGGAGUAACGAAAUACUAAUAAAUCUUACUGUAUUAGAGCCUCCCUCUGUCCCUGUCUGUAAGAUGGCAAAAGGAAAGCUGCAUGUUGGCAAUAAUGUAAGUAUGUCUUGCAGUUCUGCAGUUGGACGACCUCACCCAGAUUAUACAUGGACAAAGAUUUCCCCACCAGACAAAGAUUUACCAGCAGGGAGAAUGAUACAAGAUUUUGCAACAGGAAGCCUUCUACUGAAAAACCUGACAAUAGAUUUCACAGGGACUUACCAAUGUGUGGCCAAGAAUACUCUGGGAGAAGAAACAUGCAGUCUGUCCAUUACAGUCUCAUAUAACAACGAAGCAGCAGUGAUUGCUGGGGCAGUAAUCGGCACGAUCCUGGGUUUGCUUCUCAUUGGGGGAGGAGUGGGCUAUUACGUCUGGUACAAGAAAAAGCAGCCUAAAGUUCCUAAUGUUGGUUAUAACAUAAGUGAGGAUGCUAAUGCUCCACAAGUUAAUCUUCUGAACGAACAAAAACUUCCUGCAUCGCUUCAUGAAAAGUCCAACAACACUCACAAUUCCAUCAGCACUGUCAGAUCUGAAUUUAAUAUUCUAGUAUGAGCAGCAAAUUGAAUGUGCUUUUUUAAUCUAAAAAUCAAAUUAAUUCUCAUAUCAUUGGGAUAUUUUUGCUGUUACUGUUGUUGCUAGAAUAAGGUUAGUAGAGUAACUGUGUCUGUAUAGUUUGUUUUUAUUUGCAUUCACUUUUAUAGAAACUAAAACUACAAAUAGAAUUUUCUAAAAAUAACAUUGUAAAUCAUUUAGACAUAAUGAAAAUAUUAGUUUCAUAACUGCUUAAUAAAGUGAACACCCUUUAAGGGAUUAGUAUAAUUAGUGAGUUACUAAUGAGGAAUCAGAUUUCUGUUCCUUAAGUUCACCAGAUUUCUGAUAUCAUUACUUCUAUACUGCUACAUAUAUUCACCCGAUUUUUGCAACUAAGCAUACAAGUCAAAUUUCUGAAGUGGCUAGUGGUUGCAUGCAUGAUGUCUUUUUAAGUCACUUGUUCCUUCUCCCUAGGCUAGGCAUGCCAACCUGUGAACAUUGUUUAUCAUUAAGAGUUCACUACGGGCUCUAUGUAUUGGCCUCCUUGUCACUAAGGCAUCUUCAAUUUAGAUAAGUUGUUUACUUUUCUUAGUUUUAUUACUAAGUGUAUCAUUGAACUGAAAGUCUGUUAGAGUGACUCAGUUGAUUAAAGUAACAAGGAAUGGCCUACUGAGACACAAAUGCUCCAGUUCCAAGUAUAUGUCUGCUGCGUAAGUAAAAUGUCUUCUGUAACCUGGUCAGGAACACACAGCAUGUAAGUGGCUGCUGUUGAAAAUCAAAUUGCGGUUUCCAUAUUUACAACCCAAUUUCUUAUCUUCUGGACAAUAUAGCUUCAUAAUGAUUUUGAAAGAAUAUUUAGAGAAUACAUAAUAUAUAAAGGUACUGCAGUGUUGCCUGAGCCAUAAAUGAUGUAAUUUUGCAGAGCAGAGCUCAUUGUAAUCUUAAAAUGAAGUGGACUUACUUUAGUAAUCUGCUUUCCUUACACUACCUGUUUAUUACAUUGAUUAUCAGAAGCCUCCACCUCCUUUGUAGCAGCACUUUAUGCUUGUGGGCAUUAAGUACAGAUGGUAUUGUCUAUCUUUUACCAAACAUGUACACAGUGCUAGCACAUAGUAUAUAAGUUAUGUACACGAGAAGUAAAAUACAUACCGUCCACUGUCUCACAUCUGCAUCUCUCUCACUAUAUAUAUAUAUAUAUAUAUAUAUAUAUAUAUAUAUAUAUAUAUAUAUACACACACACACAC